GGGGAAAGAAAGGCAGCCACAGCCCCCCACCAGCCAAGCGGUAACCCAGCAGGACUGAAGGAGACAGUCCCUUUGGUGGUGGCUCGUCCGGAAGAUCCCUACACCCCAGGGUCAGCGUGGGAGCCCCGCUGCUGAGCCAUGCCGGGCCCCAGGCAGCCUGCAGCGAGUCCAACCCCGGCACCCACAUAGUCAUGAACAACCACAGCCACAAUGGCUGUGGGGGGCGGCCGCUGGGAGGCGGACUGGGGGCCCUGACCCGAGACCCUCCGGACGCCGAGGCCAGCUGCCCCCUGCAGCCCCCACAUAGUUCAGGCCUCCAAGUCGUGGUGGCCAAGAACGAGCUGGGCGGGCUCUCACCCGGCAGCCCCCGAGGGCAGCCCCAGGACCAGGAGGAGGAGGAAGACGAUGAGGAGGAUGAGGUGGUUGGGCAGAGGGGCUCCAAGAGGCCCCCCAACGUGGGCCACCGCCUGGGCCACCGGCGGGUGCUCUUCGAGAAGCGGAAGCGCCUUAGUGACUACGCCCUCAUCUUUGGCAUGUUUGGCAUCGUUGUCAUGGUGACAGAGACGGAGCUGUCCUGGGGGGUCUACACGAAGGAGUCCCUGUACUCAUUUGCACUCAAAUGCCUCAUCAGCCUCUCCACAGUCAUCCUGCUGGGUCUGGUUAUCCUCUACCAUGCCCGGGAAAUCCAGCUGUUCAUGGUGGACAACGGGGCGGACGACUGGCGCAUUGCCAUGACGUGCGAGCGCGUCCUCCUCAUCUCCCUGGAGCUGGCCGUGUGUGCCAUCCACCCGGUGCCCGGCCACUACCGCUUCACCUGGACGGCGCGGCUGGCCUUCACGUACGCGCCCGCGGCGGCCGAGGCGGACGUGGACGUGCUGCUGUCCGUGCCCAUGUUCCUGCGCCUCUACCUGCUGGGCCGCGUCAUGCUGCUGCACAGCAAGAUCUUCACGGACGCCUCGUCCCGCAGCAUCGGGGCGCUCAACAAGAUCACCUUCAACACGCGAUUCGUCAUGAAGACGCUCAUGACCAUCUGCCCCGGCACCGUGCUGCUCGUCUUCAGCAUCUCCUCCUGGAUCAUCGCUGCCUGGACCGUGCGCGUCUGCGAGAGGUACCACGAUAAACAGGAAGUGACCAGCAACUUCCUGGGGGCCAUGUGGCUCAUCUCCAUCACCUUCCUCUCCAUUGGCUACGGAGACAUGGUGCCGCACACGUACUGCGGGAAAGGCGUGUGCCUGCUCACCGGCAUCAUGGGGGCGGGCUGUACAGCGCUCGUGGUGGCUGUGGUGGCCCGGAAACUGGAGCUCACCAAGGCAGAGAAACACGUGCACAACUUCAUGAUGGACACACAGCUCACCAAGCGGGUGAAAAAUGCCGCUGCUAACGUUCUCAGGGAGACGUGGCUCAUCUACAAACACACCAGGCUGGUGAAGAAGCCAGACUACGCCCGGGUUCGGAAACACCAGCGUAAGUUCCUCCAAGCCAUCCAUCAGCUCCGGAGUGUGAAGAUUGAGCAGGGAAAGCUGAACGACCAGGCCAACACACUCGCAGAGCUGGCCAAGACGCAGAAUGCCAUGUACGACCUCAUGUCCGAGCUGCACGCCCAGCACGAGGACCUCGAGGCCCGCCUGGCUGCCCUCGAAAGCCGCCUGGAUGCGCUGGGCACCUCCCUGCAGGCCUUGCCUAGCCUCAUCACCCAAGCCAUACACCCACUUCCCCCACCCUUGCCUCCCCAGCCUGGCGCCCCAGACCAGGCAGCCCAGAGCUCCCCCUGCCGGUGGCCACCCGUGGCCCCUUCAGACUGCGGGUGAUGGCCAUGCCCACCACCGGACCCCACAAUCUUGGCCAUUGUGUGGCCGCCACCUCCACACCAUCCAGGAAGGCCGGUCUAGUUGUGCCUCUUGGAGUACAAGGAGCCAGAGCUGAAUUGGGCUGAGUGGCCAGGGGCCCGUCCCACCCAGACUGUCCGGACAGGGGUGGCUGCUGCCUGCUUUCUCCCUGAGUGGAGCUUAGGGAGCCCAGGGCUUCCUCUGGUUCCCUGGCCCCCUAACUCUCCCCAGGCCCCCGGCGGGCUCAGAACAGCAGGGAGAGGGGUCCUUGCCACUUCUUAAUAAAGCAGGACCCAUCCAGUUGCC